AUGCCCCCAAAAGAUAUGCUGUGGGAGAGUGGCCACGACGAGUCAGUUGAGGUUAAUCAACGCGCUCUCAUUGACAAAGUGCUCGCGCGGUAUUCGGGGGAGUUCACGGUUUUCCGUGAGCUUCUGCAGAACUCGGACGAUGCAAGCGCUAAGUCCGUCGAAAUACAUUUCGAGACCAAAGACUUCCUGGACAAGCGGGGCAACAACGAGGAAGCAUAUAAUGCUGAAAGUUCCAAUGAGAAGAAACAUGAAUUAGAUCAGAAGGCAGCGCUAGUGCAUCAAUGGACAUUCAGGAACGAUGGCAUGAGCUUUAGAGACGAGGACUGGAAUCGUUUGAAGAAGAUCGCCGAGGGAAACCCAGAUGAGGAGAAGAUUGGGGCCUUCGGUGUUGGCUUUUAUAGCUUGUUCUCCGUUACAGAGGAACCAUUUGUCACCUCAGGAGGACAAUGGAUGGGUUUCUAUUGGAAGGACAAGAAGGAUCAGCUUUUUGCUCGUCGAGGGAAGCUUCCAUCCGCAGAUACCGAUGUUUGGACGACCUUUGAAAUGUCAUUGAGGGAGCCCGCUCCGAUACCCCGUGCAUUUGAUCUUACGCGGUUCCUUGCUUCUUCCCUCACAUUUAUGACACAUCUACGCGAAGUCAGCGUUUUCCUUGACGAUAGACGCAUCUCCCGCCUGAAUAAGAACGCUGGGUCUCCAAAUUCUGUCGGCAUUCCUCAAGGACUUAAGAACCUGAGCCUCAGAGGUAUUAUGCAAGUAAAAGAUAUACAGACUACCCCAUUAUCUAUCAAGACCGAGCUAAUCCGAUGGGUGUACAUGAGCGGCAGCGAGAGAAAAUCCACCGUAGUAGUAUCCAAGCCGACACCGGCAGUUGGUUCAGGGAGUUUCUUUUCUUCACUAUUUGCUUCGCUUUCUGGCACAAGCACUCCUCAGCGGCCUGUUACACCUCUGCAGCCAGUCAGCGCAAACGAUGCUGAUUCAACUGAGAUCAUUGAGUCAAGCGUAACUCUAUCAGUGUUUACAGCUGAAGUUAUGGUAAAAAUCGACCAAAAGUUACGAAGAGAGCUUAAUCGUGCCACAAAGAAGAAUCCACCUACCAGCAUGAGAUUAGAGUUGAUAUACACGGGUAAGGAUGAAUAUGAUGCGAGUAUCGAAGAGGACAAGAAGCAGCCAGAGAUGACUGGGAGCGUUUUUCAAGGCCUUCGUGCUGAUAUAGAAGGCGUGGGCGCGGCAAAGAUCUUCAUCGGCCAUGCCACUGGUCAAACCACCGGAAUUGCGGGUCACAUAGCGGCACGAUUCAUUCCAACAGUUGAACGAGAGUCUAUCGAUUUGAUGGACCGCACCGUCGCAGUUUGGAACGAGGAGCUACUCUACGUUGGAGGGUUUUUGGCUCGCGCGGCGUACGAACUCGAGAUGGCUAACUUACGCCGAUUAUGGAAUGGUGCAGCUGAUUCAGAAUCACUGAGAGUUCCCAGUGACACCGUACAAGCCUGGUUGCGCGGCCGAGGAUUGCAUCUGUUGAAAUUUUUCACAUUCCAUCACUCUACGCCAUCUUCUCUCGUCUCUACAAAACUGGAGGCCGCUUUCUUUGCUUCCGCACCCAACCAGCCGUUUCCGAUCAUCUCAUCCACUGGCAUCCGGAAUGUAGUAGAUGUCCGUAUCCAAGACCAAGUUUUCUCGGAAUUUUUGAAAGAGCUGCCUACAUUACCUGAAGAUGUCGUGAACGGUGCACCCAAGAUGAUCAGCUCCCUGCGUUCACGGGGAAUGAUCAAGGAGAUCGAGUUCAUGGACGUGCUUCAUGAAUUGCGGGCGAGACCGCUAUCGGAAACAGAGAUAGUGGCUUGUUUCAAGUGGUGGCUCACAAUGCAGAGCCAGAGUGUCCCGCAAAACCUCGUACAGAUCCGGUCUGAGCUACUAAAUGCAGCCGUACUGAUCCUAGGAGACCGGGACGCUGACGAUGCAAAGAUAGUGCCUAUGUCUGCUAUCCAAACACUCCUGAACGUCCGCGGGAUGCCAGGAGCUAUAAUCCCCACUGACGGCCCACUACCACCUCAUCUACUCCCGGUCAGUAUCAGCAAGCAGUUUGACCACAGCAAAUUGGCGGCAGCAUUUCCUUGGCGAGAGCUAACCCUUUUGGAUUGGUUGCGAUACGUCACAGCCCCCACUGUAUCAGCACUAGGGGUUGACUACGAUUUCACGAGCUCACCACAAUGGGCGGAGCGAGUACUGGAAGUAGUCUCUCGGGCAUGGCAGCAACUUCCGAGAAGUACUCAACAAGAAGUCGCUGCCCUCUUUCAAGGAAAAGUGUGUGUGCCUACUUCGGCAGGUAUGAGGAUGCCCGAUGAAUCCUAUUUUGCGAGUGCCCACAUCUUCCGCGAUCUGCCCAUGGUUCUGUUCCCUUCCGGAAAUCAAAUCAAGGGCCCCAUGGAGAAGGUCCUAGUCGCCAUCGGGGUUCGACAGCAUGUUGAACUCCAGAUCGUUUUCAACAGGAUGAUUAAAACUGGUGACUGGACAAUUGCUGAAUUAAUCAAAUAUCUAGUCGCUGUGCAGGCCACGCUAUCAUCUGCAGAAGUAGAUCGUCUUCGUAUGACUGCUGCGUUUCCCAAAGAGAGUAAUCUUGAUAACAACGAGAAAUCUGCUCGGUUCAAGGCCAGUGAGCUUUACGAGCCAAUAGACACACUUCGAAAGUUGGGCCUUCCAAUCAUCAGCUGGGGUGAUCAUCCGAAGUGGCGAAGUAACUCUGAAGAAGCUAAGUUCCUUUACAGUCUAGGAUUGCGCCGUUAUCCCCCUCUGCCCAUCAUCUUGAAUUUGGCUUCCAAUCCAGACGAAAGUGUACGAUCACUUGCGUUGAAGUAUUUUUUGGACAACUUUGCCACUAAGUAUUCUGACUAUGAUCCCACCGCAUUCGUUGACUUGUCAUUUGUACCUGCUAUUAAAAAUGGAUCGAGCCACAUGGCAAAGCCGUCCGAGGUGUUUUCAAAUGGCUCUUGGGCCUCACUCGGAUUCCCAGUUGUGGAUCCGAGUCUUCAGAUGGAUGCAUCGUCCAAAUUAAAGAUCCGUGAACAUCCUCCAGGAGCUGCUUUAGUCAAUCUCUUGAAGCAAUCUCCUCCACAUGCAGAAGCUGAUGCCAGGACUUGGUUCGGUAUAUUAGCGACUCGCGUAUCAGACUUCAGUAAGGCCCAGCUUGAGGUAUUAUCACGACUACCAUUCGUCCCAGUCAAGACUCCUGGAAGCGAUGCGGCGAUCCGCAUGUUGUCUCCCAAUCAAUGCUACUUUUCUGGAGAUUCCAACCUUCAGUUCCACUCUAGGCUUUUUGUGUUCGUGGAUUUCGGUCUCCAAGCAAAUCAGUUCCUCAGCGCAUGCGGGACGAAACACGAGCCUUCAGUGGAGGAGAUUACGAAGAUUAUGCUGGAAAAUCCUCGGCAUUUUUAUGAUCUUGCGGAGGGGCGGGACAACUAUCUCAUAGAGCUACGGAAUAUCGCCGUCAACUUCCGCCUCAUCUCACCGACUACGGUGGCUCGUCUCAAGAGAUCUGCGAUUUUAUUAGGCUCGAGGCGAGUCAAGAAAUCUUCAGUGGCUGAGAAGGUUCGACCCUCAGACCGUCAAGAUGAUCUGGAAGAAGAAGAUUGGGAUUUUGAAUACGACUUGGUGACACCUGAUCGAGUGGUCAUUGCGGACGAUUCAAAUUUAUACCAAUUAUUCGGUAGCUCGAUUUUUACAGCGCCACAAGAAGAACUCAUCGAAGGAUUCUAUUCACAAUUGGGCAGCAAAUCAUUAGGCACCCUCGUACGGGAAGAAUACAGCACCGGAAACGAAAUUAAGGAAUCGCGUAAAGCUGCUGAAGUUCGGUCAUUAGUAUUGGAGAGGUUACCGCUUUUUUUGCAUGAACAGCCACACACUCGUCGUCGUAUCACUUUUGACUGGCUCAACGAUGAUCGCAACUUUAUCGUCAAAAUGUUCGGUAAACUGAUGGUUGUCAAGUCUCUCCAAUUCGACGGCAAACCUUUGCGACGCACUCAAGAGUCUUCCGCAGUGGCCAAGCGAGUUGGUCGUGGGCCAAUUGAACUCUGGUUGGCAGGACGUGAUCAAGUGGAUAUAGUGUCGACGUCCAUGUGCCGGCUUUUAUUCGAAUCUCCAAAGAUCAACGAUUCGCUUCUAUUUAUGACGAUCUUAUCAACAGACUUGAGGGCUCUUAAAAGGAGGGGAUAUAACGUCGAUCGCAUUCUUCGGCAGCAGAAAGCGCAGCGCGAAGCUCAGGCUGAGGCAGCGGCAAGAUCGUCAGCGCUUAUCCCGGAGAGUCGUUCCCAAUCUCCGACAUUGCCUGGUACCUUGAAGGCUGAAGAGAAGCACGAGAUCUCAUCAGCUCAGACGGAGCUUGCGAAGCUGCAAUUGGGUACUAAUGACCCUUUGAGGAAUCCGCCGAGAGCAUCCUCCACAAUUCGCCAGUCGCUCGACUUAUGGAAACGUCGAUUUGGCGCGAAGCCACAGCCUGUCAAGGGUUCCGAGGACGAAACCAAUUCCCUUCCGGCCGGUAAGCCAGGCAAUGUGGACAACAUUCCAUCACCGCAAAUUGGAAUACCACCACAAAUCACAUCCGAGCUCAAUAUGGGACCUCUCGAACAAACACAUCAGUCAAAACCUCAAGGCGAUCGGAAUGGCUCCAGGUCCGGUGUAACUCCACCCUCCAUGAUCGCCCACAAUGUCAAUCUUGCCAUUAAUGCAUGCAAGCAAGAGAAAAGUGACAGAUUGCAGUCCCGCGAAAGAAUGCAGAUGGUGGAGGAAACACUAAAGGAGGGAUAUUGCGAUGGUUCUGGGGAAUCGCUAGACCUAGUGCGGGUUGGCGAUAUGGGGAGUGUGAAUUUCUUCGUGUCUAAAGACAUCUCCGAUGCCGAAUCACUUAUGGCAGCGAAAGCGGAAAGCCUCGCGAGAUUCAUAUACGUGAUACAACCUCUCUGUGAAGCCUACAAGCUGCCCAUGUCUAGCACACAUAUUUACUACGAUUCAGUCGGACAUCGCAUCGCAUUCAACAGGAACGCGAGCUUGUUUCUCAAUUUGCGAUACUUCGAAGCAUGGCACGAUGAAUCUGUACAGCGUGGCGAAAUGAGGGAUGCUCAAGUAUCAUGGUCUGUCGUUUCUGUCGCCUGCAGGCGUGUCUUGACCUAUGUUCAACUAUAG